AUGCGGCUUGACGAAGUAAAUUCCAAUAAUCAGGCCGAUGUGAUCGAAAACGAAGAGUCGGAAAGAUUGGGCAACACAAACUGGUGUGAAUGUGAGAACUGUAGAGCAUUGGAUAAUGACAGAGAAUCUAUCUGUUGUAAUGAAAUUGACAGUGUGAAACUAAAGAUAGAGCAGUAUAAGGAAGAAAUGGCAACAGACCUUUCGUGUAUAACCCGGUAUCCUGGUUUCCAGUCAGUUUGUCUUGACAGGUAUGUUCUGGAGACUGCCUACUACCAAUACAGACAACAAUAUGUCAAGGUUGAGCAUACAAACAAUAAACGACAGAGAUAUGUUGCCUACAGGCAGUUCGCCAGGUGA